AUGGAACAGAGAAAGCUCUGGCCUCGGACAUGGGACUCCGAUGGCUGGUCAGUAGCCUUGGUAUUUCUUUUCUUAGGCUUUUCACAAAACAUCAACAGCACUCCUGUCUAUAAUACAUUUCAUCCUGAGAACCGUGACUGGACUUUCAAUCACUUGACAGUCCAUCAGACAACGGGAGCAGUCUAUGUGGGAGCCAUCAAUCGGGUUUACAAGCUGUCUGGAAACUUGACUGUCUUGGUAGAUCACAAGACGGGACCUGAAGAGGACAACAAGUCCUGCUACCCACCACUUAUUGUGCAACCCUGUACUGAGAUCCUGACUCUGACGAACAAUGUUAACAAGCUCCUGAUCAUUGAUUACUCAGAAAAUAGGCUGCUGGCCUGUGGGAGUCUCUAUCAAGGUGUCUGUAAACUGCUGCGCCUGGAUGACCUCUUCAUCUUAGUAGAGCCAUCUCAUAAGAAAGAACACUACCUUUCCAGCGUCAACAAGACUGGCACUAUGUAUGGAGUUAUAGUUCGUUCUGAGGGAGAAGACGGGAAGCUAUUCAUUGGCACAGCAGUGGAUGGUAAGCAGGAUUACUUUCCCACCCUCUCUAGCCGAAAGCUGCCACGUGAUCCAGAAUCCUCAGCUAUGUUGGAUUAUGAGCUUCACAGUGAUUUUGUUUCAUCACUAAUCAAAAUUCCUUCAGAUACAUUGGCCUUAGUCUCUCACUUUGAUAUCUUCUAUAUCUAUGGAUUUGCCAGUGGAAAUUUUGUUUAUUUUCUGACAGUCCAGCCAGAGACUCCCGAAGGUGUGUCUAUCAAUUCGGCUAGUGACCUUUUCUACACAUCUCGGAUUGUCCGUCUCUGCAAGGAUGACCCUAAAUUUCACUCCUAUGUUUCUCUGCCCUUUGGUUGUGUCAAAGGUGAUGUGGAAUACCAUCUACUACAGGCAGCUUACCUUUCUAAGCCAGGGGAGGUACUUGCCAGAUCCCUGAAUAUUACUGCCCAGGAUGAUGUCCUCUUUGCCAUUUUUUCCAAGGGACAAAAACAGUAUCACCACCCCCCUGAUGACUCUGCACUUUGCAUUUUUCCCAUCCGUGCAAUCAAUGCCCAAAUUAAGGAACGGCUACAAUCUUGCUACCAGGGGGAAGGCAACUUGGAACUCAACUGGCUACUAGGGAAAGAUGUCCAAUGUACCAAGGCGCCAGUUCCAAUAGAUGACAACUUCUGUGGAUUGGACAUUAAUCAGCCAUUGGGAGGUUCCAUACCAGUAGAGGGAGUGACCCUUUACACUUCUGGUCGUGAUCGGAUGACUUCUGUUACAUCAUAUGUCUACAAUGGCUACAGUGUGGUGUUUGUGGGUACCAAGAGUGGCAAGUUAAAGAAG